UAACCCUGACCUGGAGCUGUAAUAAUUCAUCAAUCUAUGGCUUCAAAGUCAAUCCUGGUAUCGUGUGUCGUGAUAAGGCUCUUGACACUUGGGGCAUUAGCUGCUGCAAUUGUUGUCUUGGUCACCAACCAAUUUCGUUCUAAUAUUGAUAACAGCAAGACCAUUUUCACGGAUGUCAUUGCCUAUAGGUUUGUUUUUGCAGCGUCUGCCCUUGGAUGCCUUUAUACAUUAAUUCAGUUACCCUUUGCAUUAUACUAUGCUUACAAGGAGAAGAGGCUGAUCCAGAAUGACUUCCUACCAAAUCUUGAUUUCUAUGGUGACAAGAUGGUUGCAAUUGUAUUGGCUUGUGGAGCUGGAGCUGGUUUAGCAGUAACUUUAGAGCUAAAGGGGAUUCUUAAAGAAUACUAUAACGAUUUCAGUGAUAUUCCUGAAAUUGAUGAACAGCGUUCAAAGAGCAUUAGAUUUUUAAACAGAGGCUAUAUUGCCUCAGGUCUCUUGCUCCUUGGCUGUGCUUGCAUGGUUAUUCUUUCUGUUUUCUCAUCCAUCAACAGAACCAGUACCAAAAAAUCAGGCUUCUUUGGAUGAAUUAGCCAUAUUUCUUUUUUAUUUAUUCACUUUAAUGUAAUUUUGCUUGAAUAAAGAUACCUCGUAUCACACUAAUGGAGAAAUAAUAAAAUGCAUUUUUUAUUUUUUA